AGGCGAUUAUCGUAUAUAAGUCACUGGCGGGCUUAGGACUGGCACUGGCGCAGAAAACUUCGUCCAAGAACAUGAAGGUGGUAAUUGCAGUGAUCUUUUUAGCAGGCGCUGUCCUCGGCCAGCAGUCGAGGGAGGAACGCUGCCAGCUUUUGGAGGAGAAGGGAUGCCAGGACAGGUGGAAAGUUAACAAUCUGAGAAUAUGUGGCUCUGAUAAGCAAAUGUAUACUUCCUGGUGCGCUUUCAUCACCGCUCAGUGUGCCGACGACGACUUGAAAAUGGACAGGAACAUCAGACACUGCCUCCAGGGCCAGCUGAACGUGCUCAGUAACGUCACCAGACUUCCUCCACCCACGAGACCUCCUCGCCCCACAAGACCAUCCGUAGACAUAUGCCAAAAGAUUGAGACAGAUGGCUGCUCCGACAGGAUGAACCGCCCCACAAGGCUUUGCGCCAGUAACGGGAAAAUGUACACAACUGGUUGUGACUUCUUCAAAGCGAGAUGCGAAGAUGCUACCUUGAAAAUUGACAGGAACAUCAGACACUGCCAGAGCCAGGUGAACGUGCUCAGCAACGUCACCAGACUCCCUCCACCCACGAGACCUCCUCGUCCCACAAGACCAUCCGUAGACAUAUGCCAGAAGAUUGAGACAGAUGGCUGCUCCGACAGGAUGAACCGCCCCAUAAGACUUUGCGCCAGUAAUGGGAAAAUGUACACAACCAGUUGUGAUUUCACCAAGGCAAGAUGUGAGGAUCCUGCUUUGAGAGUUGACUGGAACAUCAGGCACUGCCAGAGCCAGGUGAACGUGCUCAGUAACGUCACCAGACUGCCUCCGCCUACGAGACCUCCUCGCCCCACAAGACCAUCCGUAGACAUAUGCCAGAAGAUUGAGACAGAUGGCUGCUCCGACAGACUGAACCGCCCCACAAGGCUUUGCGCCAGUAACGGGAAAAUGUACACAACUGGAUGUGACUUUGUCAAGGCCAGGUGCGAAGAACCUUCCUUGAAGCUGGACAGGAACCUUAACCACUGUCGUCAGGACGAGUAA